AUGUAAGAUGAGAAAACACUUAGACAAUACGAAAUCGGUGCAAAAGUAAAGAAUUUCAUUCCUCAAAUAACUAAUUAUUUAAAAAUAUUGCAAGAUUUAGAAUUUAUUCCUUCAGAUGGUACAAAAUUAAUUAAAAGAAUUUCACUUCCCUAAAAUUAAGCUAAAAGCGAUAAACAAUACCAAUUUCAUGGCACUAGAAAUUCCAUGAUUACCUUAUUGAUGAUUUGA